CUCUCUCUCUCUCUCUCUCUAUAUAUAUAUAUCUCUCACAAAGUCGUUCACAAAGUUCUGAUUUUUUUCCCUGUUUCAUUGCCCUUGUUUUGAAAGUUUUCUUCUGUUUGCAAAAAGACCCCUUUUUUCUUUCCACAUGGCUUCCCAGAUAAUUGGGAAAAGUUCCUUAAUGCAGAAACUGGAAUCUUUUUUAGGCCUGACAAGCUCAUCAAAGAGAGAGUUCUUGAUUCUCCAAACCACUUUCAGAGUCUUAACCAUUAUUUUCCUAGUAAUUGCAAUAUCUGUAAUGGUCACCAGCUCCCAAUCCAUCGUGAUGUUUGGUUUCCCAUUCAAAGCCAGCUAUUCCUACUCAUCUGCCUUAAAAUUCUUGGUUGGUGCUGAAGCAGUGGUUUGUGUCUUCUCUGCAUUGUCAUUGAUCUUUGUUUACCUUCAGUACCGCUCGGAGUCACGCCCCACCAACUAUUUUUUCCUAUUUUUGCAUGACAUGGCGAUGAUGAUUUUGAUGAUAUCUGGAUGUGCUGCGGCAACUGCAGUUGGUUACAUUGGUCGUUAUGGAGAAGUCCAGAUAGGUUGGGGAUCCGUGUGUGACCGAGUGACCAAGUUUUGCAACAGAACUGUGGUAUCUGUGGUUUUCUCUUAUCUGGCUUUCUUUGCAUACUUGACUCUUACAAUUGUUUCUGCCACCAAGCUCAGGUCUCGAGGUACUGAGUGAAAUCACCAAAGAACAUAACGAUUAGUUGAAAACACCCAGUUGGGGCUACAUCAUAAUGUAGGGAAGUUAUGUUUUGUUUUUAACAAAAGAAAGAUUAUAAUGUUGGGGUUUUCUGCUUCUGCUCCUUAAUAAUCUCUUGUUAUGUGAAGCUGCAUUUGAUUUUGAGUUUACCACUGUUGAAUUCAUUUUGU